GAGGGAUAAGAAGGGGGCGUGGCCUUUGCCUCAUCCCUGAGACGCUCUCCGUCUGAUUCGUUGGCGCGCGCGUGCGAGAAAGAGAGAGAGCGCGAGCCAGCAGCAGCACACUUCCCUCGCGGACCAGCCGCGCGUGCGCACACUCGUUCGCGCGCGCGCCCCUGCCGCGCCUUGUGAGGCUCUCCUCUUCCUCGCUCGCUCGCUCGCAUCUUCUCCAGCCAGUCAGUCAGUCCGGUCUGUCGGGAGGCAUCGUCGUCUCUUUCUCUGGAGCAAGGACUAGGAGGACUAAUAAAAAGGGGGGGGAGGCGGAGGAGGAGGCUCGCUCUGCGGAACAGCCUCGGGGCUGCCUCCCUCCCUCCCUCGCCCCUGCCUCUCGUCUGGGGGGGUCCCUCCGAGGUCGCCCCCCGUCCUCCCUCCUCCAUUCCGACCCCUCCAUCGGAGGGAGAGAGAGAGAGAGAGAGACACUCCGCCAUCUCAAGAAGAAGAAGAAGAAGAGGAGGAGGAAAAGGAGACAAAAAGCAGCAACCAGGUAUUGGUGAUGCCAGGUGCAGCCUUUGCAGAGGUCCAGUCCUGAAGGAGCAAAAACACAUGCCAUUUCCCCUACUCUGAAUUUUCUGUGCUUCAGAUAUUCCUUGUUCUAUCAUCCCUUCCUUGGAAAGAGCAAAAACAAUAAUCUCCCUCACCAGAUUACUUCAGUCUCCUAGGUAUCUGUGUUGGCCCUUGGUCAAUUGGGGUACCAGAAGAAUACAGUUCACAUGCCACCUUCCUUCUUCUGGAGUCUCUGCGGCCAGACCACUCUGGAAGACCCAGAAGGUGCGGAGAGGACUUGAGGAUUCGUGAAGGGGGUCAAAGAGAGCGCUCCAGAAAUACCUCUCACCCCAGAGGGAUCGAAGCAUCACACUUGCUUUCCCCAGCUCCAAGUGUGAUACAGUACUUGCUUCAAAGAAGACGUCUGUUGGGCCUAGUUCAAGAUGUGUAGUUCUAUUGCUCCUAAGCUCUGGUUUUUAACAGAUCGUCGUAUCAGAGAAGACUAUCCUCAACAGGAAAUCUUAAGAGCCCUCAAAGCCAAGUGUUGUGAAGAGGAUCUGGAGUUCCGAGCCUUAGUGAUAGAUGAAGUAGUUCUGACCAUUGAACAAGGAAACUUGGGUCUCCGAGUCAAUGGGGAACUCAUCACAGCUUAUCCACAGGUAGUGGUGGUCCGUGUGCCAACACCAUGGGUCCAGAGUGACAGUGACAUUACGGUUCUUCGCCAUUUAGAGAAGAUGGGUUGCCGUUUGAUGAAUCGCCCCCAAGCCAUACUCAAUUGUGUCAACAAGUUUUGGACUUUCCAAGAGUUGGCUGGACAUGGUGUGCCUCUUCCAGACACUUUUUCUUAUGGUGGUCAUGAAAAUUUUGCCAAAAUGAUAGAUGAAGCAGAAGUGUUGGAGUUCCCCAUGGUUGUGAAGAACACACGUGGUCAUAGAGGUAAAGCUGUGUUUCUGGCGAGAGACAAGCAUCAUUUGGCAGACUUGAGCCACCUAAUUCGUCAUGAGGCCCCUUACCUGUUCCAAAAAUAUGUCCAGGAAUCCCAUGGCAAAGAUGUACGAGUCAUCGUGGUAGGAGGCCGUGUAGUGGGUACUAUGCUGCGUUGUUCAACUGAUGGUAGAAUGCAAAGCAAUUGCUCACUUGGUGGCAUAGGAAUGAUGUGCUCACUGAGUGAACAAGGCAAGCAGCUGGCAAUCCAAGUAUCUAACAUUUUGGGGAUGGAUGUUUGUGGCAUCGACCUCCUAAUGAAGGAUGAUGGCUCGUUCUACGUCUGUGAGGCCAAUGCAAAUGUAGGUUUCAUUGCCUUUGACAAGGCUUGUAAUCUUGAUGUAGCUGGUAUCAUAGCGGACUAUGCCGCUUCCCUCCUUCCCCCCGGUCGCUUGACACGACGCAUGUCUUUGCUCUCUGUGGUGUCCACGGCUAGUGAGACAAGCGAGCCAGAGCUGGGCCCUCCAGCUAGCGCCACUGUCGACAAUAUGAGUGCCAGCUCCAGCUCUGUCGACAGCGACCCUGAGACCACAGAGAGAGAGUUGCUCACCAAGCUCCCGGAGGGUAUAUACAACAUGAACCAGCUAAUAGCCAAUGAGAUUAAGCUCCUGGUGGAGUGAUGCCACAUGUAAAUAUGACCAAUUUUCUUGUACUACUUUUUUUUUUAAUUUUAAACAACCAACUUGUAGUGCUGUUUAUCAGAAGCAGCUUUAUGGAGGUGAAGGGAGGGUGUUAGCCAGGGAAUCAAAAUCAAAGCAUGCAUGUUCUGUGAAUGCUGCUUUUGCUACUUAUUAAUCUUGCAGAACAUACAUUUAGUUGAUACUUUUGACAACCAGUUUCCAGUUGGUAGUGCCCUGUUGAAAGCCUGCAUUGGUGUGCCAGGGUAGGGGUGGGGAAUUAAAACCUUGUUUCCAUGAGGGAUGCCAUAGUGAUCUUUAAACCCAUUGCAGAGCGUGUUCACAGGGAUGCAUUUUAGCUUGAUUGGUGAGUUUGAAGUUUGGAAAAUUUAACCAAAAGCAUCUGUGAACUAGUUUAUCUGCAACCAUCCCCUCACCUCAUUGGAGCUCAGUCCUGUUGGUUACUUUAUACACCCCUUUGUAGGGGUUGAGAGACGUUAGGGCAGCCAAUUUUUGUUUCAACAGAGGUUCUAAAUAUCAUUAUUUCCCAUCUAAGUAAGAACUUGCAUCCUUGACAAACAGCCCAGAUUGGCCUUAAGAGCCCUAGCCUUCAAGCCAGUUUAACAUUUAUUUGUUCAGCAUGAGGUUUUGAGAGAAACCUGCGACUUCUGCCACUUCAGUAUUAACAGAUGGGGCUAUAUCCAUACGUGCAUAUUUAAAGCAAACAUCAUUUUCCUUUGGAGAAAGAUUUUGCUAUAUGUGUGGAUUUUAAAAAUAAUUUUAAAUCCUGGGGUUUUUUUUGGGGGGGGGGGGGGGGGGUUGGAGAAGAAGUGUACAAAUUUCCUUCUGUCUUGCUUAUUGAUGGCAGAAGUGGCAUGUUUUCUUUUGUGCAAAAGGCAAAGAUAAACAGCACUGUUAACUUUUGGUGUACAAAAUAAUGUUUAAUCCAAUGUGAAAAAAAUUACACUAGUUUAAAACAAAUGUGCAUUGACUUGUAUUUGUUAGUGUUCUAGUCCUUUUUGCAAGAUAAAUGCUAUGUUAAUGUUUCAUUUUUAAUACAUACUUGUCCAACACUUCUUUUUUCCAUGUCUGCAUCUUCAACAGUGGCCAAACUUGAAAAUACCCAUAUUAUUUAACAUUACCACUAUUUAACAGCAAAAGCAGCAACACGUAAACACUUCAAUAAAUAAAUAAAUAAAAAUCUGUUACCUAGAAUAAUGUGGGAGGGGGUGUGGAGGAGGGUUGAAGUGGUUGCAAAUUUCAAAACUACUUUGGAUUACACUUCAUAUGUUACUACUAUUAUUAGUAACUUUCUAUAUAGAAGACAUUAAAAUCUAAAGUAGCCUGACUUUCUUAAGGACAAAUCCUGAAGAGAAAUAAGCAGGUUUUUGGUUUGGGGAAACAAAUGCAGGAUAUUUUGCCAGUAAGGCCCAGCCAGAAUGGGAAUAUAAUUUAAGGCCACAAAUGUGUGGAUCUCAGGCCCUUAUGUAUGUGUCUGUAUUUUGCUUUGUUUUGUCAUUGGUUUUGUCUGUCCAGUUCGUCACUCUUUUUUCCAGAAUGCCUGAUGAUCUCCUCUCCCAAACCCCACCCAACCCUGAUACUUCUGGCUGUGCAUUUUCUUAUUAAAUUUGAUAAAAGAACCAAAACAGCAGCUUUGGGUCUGUUUUAAUGGCCUCAUCUUCCUCCUCCUCACCCAUUUCUCACUAUCUUAUUUUCUUUGGGGUGUAUGCAGCAUUGAAAUGGUAGAGAAAUAUAUAGAUAUGUAUAUAAAAUAUACAAUUGCAAUUGAAAAACAGCAACCAAACACCACAAAGUAAAAUGUUUGUAACAGAAAAAUGGUUUAUGGAAAAAUUUUAAAGGGUGGGCAGUGCUGCUUUUAUCUGGAUACAUCAGAGGAGCCUGUCUCCCCUGCCCUCCAAGGCUCUGGGCUUCAUUCCUCUGGCCUGUUCUUCCCACUUGGCUCUCUUUCUCUCACUUGGAUCUUAAGUACACACAACGUAUGGACACUACGCAAAGAAACAUCAGGAAGCAAUAAACAGAAAAGUGUUAACCUGCUCUUGUGAAGGUUUGAUUAUGCCUAUUUGUACAGCUUUUUUGUUUGCUUUUUAAAAUGUAAUUAUGGCUUUUUUUUGUAGAAUUAAAUAUUAUUACUAUUAUCAUUAUUAUUAAAAUCCAGUGGAAGGCUGAAUGUUGGCAUUGCUAGUGAAGCAAAAAGGGUACGAUGCAAAUGGUGAUUUCGUAUACCAAUUUUUUUUCCUUGCUUGGUGGUUUAUCAGCCAUCUGCUAACUAUAUAUGUGUCUUCUAAAAUACAGGUUUCUCUGAAAAUCCAGUUGAAUAUUUCCCCCUAUAAUUAGUUUAAACAUUGAGCAUCUUUCAGGAAUGUCAACAAACAAGUAAUCCUCUUUUAGCUGAUAGAGCUUUAGACACUUCUGUACCUUUCACAAGAAACAAAUUGAGUCCAGAAAGGAGCUAGUAACUCUGACAGUUCUGAUUUGGGGCUAUAUUAAGAUUCUACAUUGGUGGAACAAAAAUGGUUUUGGCAGCUGUCAUUUCCACAUCAGACUUCUCCCUCCACUUUCUUGAUUUAAUUUACAACACUAGAAAUGCAGUGAAGGUUUAAAAAGAAAAUACUUACAGAAAAACACACAAACAAAACAUGAAGUGCGUUUCAUACUUUGGUUUGUCUGCUUGUCACAAGAUGGUCACAGGUUCAUUGCGCUGUGUGUUUAAGAAAAGACUGGAUAAUCUGGGUGAAAAAAAGCCUCACACUUCAUGUAAGCAGAAGCUUCCAUUUCUUACCAAAAUCUCACCAAACAUAUCACACAGUAAUAGUAGAUCUCCCCUUUCUUGCCUUUUUGUAGCUAUAGUUGGGUCGUGUUGUGGAAGAAAGUUUUUAAAACAUGAGAACUAUGCUAGUUAAAGAAAAUGGAUUGUGCUCUUAAAAAACAGGGUCUAGCUUCCACACACAGUGGUGCUACAUGUUGCCAUGUCCUGAACAACAUUGGCUUCACUCAAAUACAUUAAGAACACCAACAUUACUUACCAUAGUUUGGAUCAUUAUGUUGAAAUAAGCAAAUGUUAAGUCAGAAACCAAAGUCUCAGCACAGGCAAGUGCUGGAACACAUCAUAACACUGGAAGCAGCUACUCAGGGUUGGGAUGAUGGAGUUCCAUGUGUUUUAUUUAUCAUAUGGCAAUUUUGCAGUUUAAAUUAUGACAUAUAUGCAUUUUUUAUUGUACAGAAUUGCAGAUUGUGUUUAUAGUCUUGUAUAGUUUUGUAUAUUUUCAGAUCUUUAAUGGUAUGAUGUGGUAAAACAUUUAUAAACCUUCCUGUCAUUCUGGAACAUUGUGAUAGAUCAUCAGUAAUACAUGAUGGAAAGACAGCAUGUUCCCGGACUACUUUUGUUGUUGGUUUGCACUAUAUGUCCAAAUUGUGCAAUUGUAUCUCACUGACUCUGCCGAGCAAUGAAUCACACAGAAAAUCUGCUAAGAAGAGUGCUCUGGACCUGCAAUGCUUAAAAAAAUAAAUAAAAAGACACUACUAUUGAUGCUACACUGGACAAUUACUAGACUCAUCGUGCAAAAUAACUUACUUCAAACUUGCAAGCUUCCCAGAUUAGAAGAGCCCAAGUUGGUUAAAUGUGUAAGGGCUUAAACUUUGUAAUGUGUAUCAACAUGUACCCUUCUUUCUCAUGGCUCACUCUUUUUGAGAAGGUUUAUGAGCUAUUUGGCUGGUGUGAGACUCACGACCCACUCCUGUUCUCUCUAUGGAAUUGUAGGUGCUCAGACAGGUAACCUCUGCUGCUACUGUCUUUUAUUUUUAAUUUUUCACUGUUCUAGGAAUUUCUAAAGUAUUGUAGGAUUUAUAACAAAACAUUACCUUUUCCCUUUUGUUUUCUCUUUUUUUAAUUUGAACCUCUCUGACCUUGAAGGGUGAUUUCUGGGAUGUUCUGAUGGUGGUUUGGACCACUGUUGGAAGAUUCCAUAGCUCUCAUAUUACAGUUUUCAGUUGAAUGUCUUUUAUUUGCUUAAUGCACUGUUAAUAAAUUGAUGUUUUGGGGUGUGGGAUUUGUAAUUCCUAAUGAACACUGUUCUGCUAUGUAAAUAUACACACAUACCCUCAUUUUUCUUAUGUUUCUAACAGUUCACACUUUCUUACUGUUCUUUGCAAAUACUUUUCAGGAGUCAAAAAAAGUCAAACAAUCCAGAGAAAAACUUCCCUUCUCCCCUUUCUGAUGGCAAGAGAGAAAGCUUGUGAAAAAUCCCUGAGAAUGUUCUUCCCUAAACUUUUCCCCCCUGUGGUAAAACAGUAAACGCAGCAGUUUGGUGGCAUCCAGUACCGACCUGUUGGCAGGUAACUUUCAGCUCUUUUGAUCAUCCCAUGUUUUCUAACGUUCAUUUCUUUUCUCCUCUUCCCCAGUGUUAAUAAGACUGCUAUACUAAAACAAAAGGUCUUAGGAAGCACAUUGACCCAUCUCCCGUUUUUAAAAAUGGUUUGCUUUAUUAAUAUUAUUCUUUUGCUAGAGCCAGGUUUUAAUAAAACCUCUGGAUUCGAAUAUUGAAGUAGGAUCAUGGAAAGAAAGAAAUGAAGCAACCUGUAUUGUUAGAAAGGGGUGAUGGGAUGGUGUGUAAUUACAUAAAUUCUACCAUCUCCACUCUUCCAUGUCCCUCUUUCCCUCUUUUCAUUUACCCUUCUCCCACUCAAAAUAAGCACUCUUGGCUUAAGUUUCUACAGGGCUUUGGUGCUUUCCGGGGCACAGCACAAAACUAAUCGGCAUCAAUUAAUAACAGGUAUGAAAAAUUAGGUGUGAAAAUUUGUAUAUAAAAAAUACUGGAGUUGGACUGGUUGGAGGAUGAUGGUUUCUUUGUUAAUUUUUGAAGGUGACCAUAUUUGAGGACGAAUUAUUAACAUUUGCUGCCUAACAUCAUACCUGUGUAAACAAUAUUUGGUGGUUCAAAUUAUACCUUGUAAGCAGUGUAUUAAUAGACAGAUUCUUAGGUAGAAGUACAAUGGCAAAGAUAAAGCUAAUAAUGGAGUGAAUUUAUUAGUGGGAACAACAGAUGCUUUAGAUAAAAACUCCCAAAUCGUUUUGAGUAAUGCAGCAAGAUGACAAUUAUUUUAGCAUGCUGUUAAGCCUAAAAAUCAAUUAUAAUUUUGUGUCCAAAUUACCUUGAGAAAAAUGUUUCUCUGCUAGUUUGAUGUAAUACCACAUUUUGAAAUAGAUAAGACAGAAUACUUUCUCAGGUAUUCUAAGGGGGAAACUUUGUAAAAUUUCACAAAUGGUGUGUGCUGUAUUAUUUAUGCUAUUGCUUCUUUUUACAAACACUCUUCAAAUCAUUGGCAAGUCUUUACUCCUUUGAGUAGAUAUCUGUGCAUUGGCUUCUGUAUAGAAUGAAUCUGUCUUGUGAGGCUUUUUAGACAGAGUGUCAGUUUUGCAAACAUUUAAUCAAAUGCACCCCCCAUGUGUUUCUCUCCAUACACAACACAUACACACACAAUAAUGUAAAAAGAAGGCAAAGUAUUUGCUUAGAUUAUUUUGGUGAUGGGAUUGCUACUGUUUUGGGGUCUCUUUUGUAAUUCUCCCCUUUACACAACACAACUCACACACACACACAAAGUCAUGUAAAAACAUGGCAAAAAUAAUCUGCUUAAAUUCUGCAGCUGAGGGACAGCCUGCCUUUUGUGGUCCUUUUCCCCACAAAUCAGUUUUCAAGCACUUUGCUAAUUCAUAGUGACUGAUGAAAUCUCCUUUUUUCGACUUACAGAUAGAAUAAAAAGGGAAAGGCUGUGCUGUUUUUAAGUUGGUGUAAAGUCUUGUGAAUUGGCAACUGAAGAAAGUGAUCCUCAGUGGGAUCCCUUCCACUCCUCCCAUUAAAUAUAGUCAUGUGACUAGUUCUGAAAACAAUGCUCCUCUAACUGGUGACAUUUGCCCCUUUUGAUGGUGCCAGACUCAGUGUCAUGUCUCUGGCUAGCUGAGAUAAUUUCAGGGAAAAGAAAAAGGGGGGGGGGUUUGUUGAAGCAGCAGGCACCUGGAAAAAGAUUGAUUGUGAAUGAGUUGUUUUUAUUUAUUUAUUUUAUUAUUUUGAUCCCACUCCCCCAAAAAUAAUGCUUAUGAGAUCUGUGCCUUCAGAAAGUUUGUUUGGUUUUGUAUUGUUCUCUCUGGCUUAGUCUCUCUUUCCAUAUGUAUCUGGGAUGUGCAGCCAGAAAUAUACUUAAAAGUCAAGAAUUACAUAGCCUGGUUACCACAUUAGAAACUAGAUGAGUUCCUGUUGAAAUGUCAUAGUAUAGAGACACAUGGUGGCAAUUGAAUCUCCUUCUUUAAUCUCUCUUUUAUCCAAAUAGCUUUGUCGGGAUGGCUUCCAAAAGUCAUUCAGUUGUUGCAGAAUUCUCUUCUGUCCAUUGUUUUUUGUGAAGGGUAUGGGGGAGGAUGUGGGAAGAAAUCUUGGAAUAAGCCUUGGUGCCUUAAAAGGAUCCCCAUUGUGUCAUUUUCCUGCGAGCUGAACAAGAACUUCUCUAUAUACCCUUGUGCUGCAACAGAGUGUUAAAACUGGUAGGUGGCAGCAGAAGAAGAAACUAAUGCAGAUGGCACCCGUGAACUGAGAAUGCUGCCAUGUGGGGAGAGAUGGAUUCCAAAACAUUAGCUGGUGUAACGUGCAAAGAUGAGAGGCAGCUUCCCUGACUUGUCAAUCUGCUUGGUGAGUCUGAUUCUUGAUCAAUUCUUAUCCACCAUAAUGGAUGUUUUAACUCCACAUAUCUGCUUAAUCUUGAAUGCUGACUAAAAGCCAUUAUGGAGAGCUGACAAAUCUGUGCGAGUUCGUUGAUGUUGUGACAUUUAUUCGUCAAGGAACUGUACUAAGCAGUUCAUCUCAGUCUUUCUUUGUAUAUUGUUCAGGCACUUUCUUGUGCUAAAUAUAUCAAACACUUGCUUUAAAAAAAAAUCCUUCAUGGCGUACAUGUAGGAUUUCAUUUAAUCCAGUUGCAAAUCACAUUUCCUCCAAAAUAACUUCUUAUUCACUUUGCGGUAAAAGAAAUGACAGUUAAAAAUAACAACAAAUUUGGUUAUAAAUAUAAACAGAAUGUGAAAUUUGACCUUGAUCUUAUUGUGGUCCAGAUUCUCAAAUUUCCAAGGAAAAUUUAGCUCCAUAAAACCAUUGGCUCACCUCUGCCCAUCAUUUAUGAAGGGCAACACUUUGUGACACAAAAGCUCAUUGGUAAGAAUCUUUCAAUAAAUGAGUAAACUGAUAAGUAUGUGUGAUUUCAACACUUUUUAAUGUUUAAUGAAUUCCAUGGGUUUUCAGGAUUUUUCUUACAGAAAUGUACAAUAUUAUUCUUUGAAACACCAAGCAUUGGAACACAUUGGAAACCAGUUGUAGCUAUACAAACAGUUGUUACAAAAGAGUUUACUGUAUGAUACCACAUCACAAUUGAUCUGGGACACAUAAUCCCAAAGAGAUUUUAACCACUUUUUUAAAAAUGCCUAACACAAGACAAAUACCUCUUAAAUUUGAUCUAAACAUGGUCUACUAGUUGAAGAUAUCUUGGUAUAUUUCAUAUAGUUUUUAUGCAAGCAAAUAAUUUCAAACAUUUUCUAGCUGCUAAGCGAACAAUUUCAAGAUGUUGUGCUGGAUUUUUUUUUCCUUUUGUAUUUUGCAGUUGUUUUUGCUUAUAAAAUUAUUUUUGCAUAGAAAAGUGUAUUUUUCACAAAAGAUACCUUUCUGUACAAAGCGUUUUUGUGUAAAACCCCAACUUUUUGCAGACAGUAUUUUGGGAGGAAAAUCCUGAAAAAGGAAAGCUGUUGUAGCUGUUCCCAGUUGUAUGAUGGCAUGUCUCAUGUUGAAAUGCCCAUUUCUCUACAAAGUUUAGAAGAUUUGAAGUUAUUCUUUAAAUGCCUGGUUUAAACAUAAUCUCCUGUAGGCUGCCAGGAGAAAAAAAAGUGGGGAGCAGUUGAGCACAUCCCUAUUUCAGUGCACACCACAAUCUUCCCUUGAUGGUUCAUGGCUGUUCAGCAGGGACCCAAAUCUCUCCUUGAAACAGUUCUGCCCUGAAUAGUAUAUGUAUCAACCCUUCUGGCUAAACUAGCUUAUAUACUUGACUACAGGUCAACGUCAUGUGUAAGUCAAGGGCAGAAUUGGGGGCAAAAAAUAUGGAUUUUGAUUUGACACUUGGUUAAGUCAAGGAUAAAACUUAGGAGCAAGUAGCAAAGGAUGUAAAGGACAAAGCAGAGGAAAACAGUGCCAAAGAACGUACACAUUUCUGGCAGGCAUAAAUGUUAGUGCUCGCCCUAAAGGCUGGAUGGGUGAGGUGGGACCAAUGUUAAACAGUGGCUGUGAGGUAUGUGGAGGAGGCACAGGCAGGGCUAAGAAAAUGCACACAUGUCAAAGAGGAUGUAAAGGCAAACUGAAAUGGUGACUAUGGGGGGGGGACAGACCACCCCUUUGGAGCGGCAUCCCACCGCCACUUUCCUGGAUCAGGGCCGCAACAACCGCAUGCUGCAGCCCCAAUCCAACUCUAAAAAGAAUGGCAAAAUGCCACUCCUUUUGGUGCUGGCAAAAAGGUGCUUUUGCUGCCGCUACCACAGCUUUUUGGCGCUCCUUUGGCGCAGCGUGUCUAAAUGCUAUGCCAAUGGAGUGCUGUAACAGUCCCCACUGUGUGGUUGGAUGUGUGGCAUCACACCAAUAUGAUGCCGACGUCAGGGCGCACAGCAUUAAUAUGCUACGCCCCUAUGCCGGUGCUUCAAGACAGUCUGUUUAGCCCCUAAGUUAGCAGUGGUUAUAGCUUGUAACUAAUGUGAUAACUUUGUCUGAUUUUUACCCAGAACAGCUGAUAAACAUACACAGAUGGCUUAUUCAGUUUUUUCAAAGUUUCUAGACUUUUACAUGAAUAUAUAUACAGUACUUGUAGUAAAAGAUGAUUUGUGUUAUUGCACAACUUCCUUUUAAAAGAAAAAAAUCAGAACAGGCAGGGAUACUCCAUUCUCAUAAUUUUUUAAUAUUUGAAGUUAUACAUAGAGUCAAAGAUGUGUCGCCCAGUGCUUCACUGUUUGAUUUAAAUGUGAAAUUUGCUGCUUUUUGAGAUCCACGUUUCCUUUUGAUUCUUUUUUUUUAAUCGACCUGAUUUUUUUUUUACACUCAUUAGUUUUUAGUGGUCCUCUUUAUACAGAUCUUUAAUAGUCUAAAAGUACAUUAUGCAGGAACAUUAUGGAAGCUAAGCAUGUCUGUAUUGAAUACAUGUUUUAAUGGGAGAUAGAUUGGAAUCACAUGCUACUGUAACUUGCAUAAUGGAGGAAAUAUGCUAUGUAUGACUGUAGCAUACAGUCUCUGACAUGUUCAUUUUACUUCACAUACCUUUCCUCUCGUAAGUUGAUACCUUUUGCUUGUCUGCCUCUGGACCCACGUUUACUUUGUUUCUGGAAUACUCUUGUAUUUUCUCAUACUGCCUGCAUUCGUCCUUCCUGCCUAUGCCAAAAGCACACAGCCUCUUCUGUCUUUAGGCUUCUGUGUGAAGCUUUUCAUUUAUCCAGACAACUCCUUGGCAGAAAGAGAAAUCAUCCACCUGGCUGUGGUAGGGCAAACAAGAUAUUGACACAGACAAUCAGGUGUAUAUAUAAACCAAGAUCCUGAGAUGAAUUCAGGAAUGUGGAAGAUGGGCAAAGGGAAUGAAAUCAACCCCCACUUCUUGCCCUUCUUUCCUGCCCUUUGUUAUUUGAAGCACUUUUCUCCCAGUCUAGCUGCGGUAGCAGAAGUGAGCUAAGCUAGGGAGAAAAUGUCUCAGACUGAUGGAGCCCAGCCAGGUAAGUUAUAUCUGUGACUCUGAAACAGAGGAAGUCUUCAGCUUCCCUGACAUGCUUUAUUUCACAUUAAGACAUUAGUGCAAUAUUGUAUAUUUUAUAUGAUUUAUUUCCACUUGUCAUAAAUUUACUGAUCUUGACUUUAAAACUCAGAUUUCCAGUUUUUACCUCAGCAGAUUCCUGAUAGUAGGGUCCCUCUGCAAGGAUCUAUGAGUGCAGCAAGUUCAUUUGAUAAAGAAUGAGAGUCCAUUUCAAAGUGUUUCACUGCUAUCCAUUUCCUUACAAAUGAAGAUUUCAGAAAGACCCACCAGUUCAACAGACAGUGGGUAGCAGCAUUCUAAUUGUAUUCUCAUGAGGAGACUGGAGGAAUAAGCAAGAUUGCAGUUUGUUCUCUUAUGUCUUGGGGGUAAUACUGCCUCUCCCUGAAUUCCAAAAAUGUUUUGUUCCAAGUGAUAAUUUAAGAGAUGAGCUUUGGGUAUGGCAGGAAGUAGAUUACCAUUAAGAUCUGGUGAAACUGCUUAUGCAAAUUUUUCCUUUUUGUGAAAUAUUUCCACAGGACUUUGUCAGCAGCCUCAGAGACUGAAGCUAUUUCACCACAGGACAGGUAAUGUAUGACAGGGGGGUAAUGGCAGCAGCAUGCUUUACCAGUCAAUUUUAGCUCAUAUUCUCUAUGUGCCUCUUUCUCCCCCAAUAAUGAAGGACCGUCUUCAAGGCUAGCCAGUAUCUUUGAUGAGUCUCUGAUGGCUACCAGUGAAGAAGCCAAGUAUUCUGGUUUUCUGGUUUUUGUGACUUGUCUCCAUUUCCCCUUUUCACCUUCUACAGUUCUGAGCUUUUUAUUACAAUAACUGUUUCUCUCCCUGUCUUAUUUCUUUAGAGUCAUGAAACGUCAAAGGACUGAAAGUCCUCUUCUUGUCUGGGUUUUGGUCCUUCUCCUUUGUCUCUUCAGCUAUGAAUGGAUUGUUGCAAGAAGGUCCAGAGUCUGAGACAAAAUGGUGGUGAUGAUAAUAAUGCGUUCAUAUAAUAGAAGAUACUUAAUAAAAUGUGACAUUUUAAUUUA